CAUACAUGCAGUAUAUUCAAUCAACUUUUGAGUUUAUAAUUGUUCAAUGGAACCCUUUGGCACAUCUAUGAUUAGUGGAAAUGUACAGAGGUAAAUGCAGUACGUGUUUAUGUAGUAUGUAUGAAUAUUUCUAUGUGUAUAUGUGUAUGUGUAUGUGUUUUGGUGAGUCCACAGGGAGGGGUGGGAAAGCACAUUCUUUAGUGUGAGCUCAUAUCUUGGACACAGAGAAACACAGGCUUAGAGGAAAAAAGUCUGGAAGAGAGAAGGAAACAGACAAAACUGGAUGGAUGGAACAGCUGUAACCGAUAUCUUUAAUGAGAGAUUGAGAACAGAGAACUUAUGUUCAGUGACAUCAAUAAAUGAGAAUCUGGAUGAGUCAGAGCUCAUGGAAACCUAAAUGAGUUUCAAGCAUCAAGUUCUUCUCUCCUAAAUUCGUUUUGUCCAAGUGUUUCGAGGAUGUCUAUAAAUGGAUAAAGUUUUGGUCCAAUCAUUCGUUGGCUCAAAUCUCUCUAGAAAAGAUCAUGCUAAACUCUGAGCUGUGAUUGGACCCUGUGAAGACCCUGAAAAAUGGGCAGCUCUCCAGUCCCUGUGCUGCUAUGGUGCUGUUUCUUUGGUAACUCAAUACUUGUUGUUGUCUGGGCACAACAAACUGAAAUACAGAAUAUUGAAGAUGCUUUGCCAUCAGACUGCAGAGAGGAAACAUAUCCCUGUACCAGGAUGUACUCUGUUCAUCGACCGAUAAAGAGAUGCAUCCAUUCACUGUGUCUCUACAGUCUUCCACGAGUCUAUGUGAUCAACAAGGAAAUCUGUGUGAGGACCGUGUGUCAGCAAGAUGAGCUCCUGAUGGCCGAACUCUGUAGAGAGAAAUCUGGGUGGCCGAAACGCCAAAAAAGGUCAAAUAGGAGAGGCUGUCGCCGUGACAACCAAAAAACCUGGGCAAGCAGAGCCUAAAAUGAGAUGGACGAAAAGGGCAGAGGGUGGGAGAAAGAGAAAAGGAGAGAGUUCUUGUUGAAACAAAUACAACGAUAAAUCUGAAUUACAAAUCUCAAACUGUAACCGUAUUCUGUUCCUAAAACAAAUAUAAGUUGUGGUCAAGUGACUUCCACAAUCAUUACUGUUCAUAAAACGUAUAUUUUAUGUCACUUUUUAAAAUUUUAAUGCUUGUGCUUAGAAGCGAAAUAAGCUUGGAUGAAUGUCUAAGUGUUUUUAAAGCAUAUAUUUUAUAGGAUCUUAAUUCCAUCACAGGUGGGAUGACGAUGCACAGUUCUGCUGCUGAAUGUUAAAGCUUAUUGUAUAACCACUAUGUUCUUUAUAUUCUCCUACUAUAUAUAUGUGCCCACCAGCCACUGUAAGUAAAAUAUCAGAUGCACAAUAGCAAAUAAAAAUGUUUAUAUUUUAA